AUGGAGAACAAAGACAGUGAAUCUAGAAGAAAACGCAUGAAACCAGAUGAGGAAGAAGAAGGAGCGAUCUCAGACUCAGAAAAGGCACAGAAUGAAGAGUUGGAGACGUUCGUUGCUGGAUCUGAGGAGGUGGAGCUUGCAGUCGCUCAUAUUCUUGAAAAGAUCGAACGGUUCACUCAGCUGGUAUCUGAACUUCUGGGAUCAGGGAAGGCCAUGUUUCAGAAGAUUGGUGAUGAAUUCGAAGAGCGGAUGAUUAUGGUGCACAAGGAACAAAUUGAGAAAUGGCAGGAAGAGAUCAGAGAAUUGCGCAUCCUUGAUGCCUCAAAUGAGGAGGCCAAUGCUCUUCUGCAUAAUGCUCGAGGUUUGCUUCACCAUGCUCAUGUUGAUUCUUGA